UAGAAAAUCCCACCGUAUCUAUAUAUACGCACACACAUACAAAUACUCCCUUCCUUCAGCGUCACCUGACUUUUGUUCGUUCAAAUCAGUAUUUGUACAAUCCUCUCUGUCGGUUCAGUCCAAUCCUUUUCCUUAUAUUAUCCCUUCUGGAGGGGCAAGGGUUUUGGACUGGUUUGAGUGAAUUCACUCCUCCAACGUGACUAGUAUUUAUUUAAAUAGGAUUAUCACAUUGAAGAGAGAAGAAAAGAAAUUGUGAGCUGCUGAGAGAUUGAAUUGUGAAUUCGGUGAAUAAUCGAGUGGUUAGUGGUGGUGAUUGUACUUGAAAGUUUUUGUAUUCAGGGAUGUCGAUACAGAAGGAGCCGGAGCAGGUGAUGAAAUUGAGAGGGGGAUCAGUGCUCGGGAAGAAGACCAUUCUCAAGAGCGACCAUUUCCCUGGUUGCCAUAACAAGCGCUUGACUCCCCAUAUCGAUGGCGCUCCCAAUUAUCGUCAGGCCGACUCAUUACGUGUUCAUGGUGUCGCCAUUCCCACACUUGACGGAAUAAGAAAUGUGCUUAAGCAUAUUGGGGCUCAAAAAGACGGCAAACAAGCACAAGUUCUUUGGAUUAGCCUUCGCGAGGAACCGGUAGUGUACAUUAAUGGACGCCCCUUUGUUCUACGAGAAGUGGAGAGGCCCUUCUCCAACCUUGAGUAUACGGGAAUCAACAGGGCCAGGGUUGAACAAAUGGAAGCUCGCCUUAAAGAAGAUAUCCUUAUGGAAGCUGCAAGAUAUGGAAAUAAGAUCCUUGUCACUGAUGAACUGCCAGAUGGUCAGAUGGUGGACCAGUGGGAACCAGUCUCAUGUGAUUCUGUGAAGACACCACUGGAGGUAUACGAGGAAUUGCAAAUGGAAGGAUACCUUGUUGACUAUGAACGUGUUCCAAUAACUGAUGAGAAGUCACCAAAAGAGCAUGAUUUUGAUCUUUUGGUUGGUAAGAUUUCUCAAGCUGACUUAAAUACAGAGAUCAUUUUUAACUGUCAAAUGGGACGUGGACGAACUACAACCGGGAUGGUGAUUGCAACUUUGGUCUACCUGAACAGAAUCGGAGCUUCUGGAAUUCCAAGAACCAAUUCAGUCGGGAGAAUUUUUGACACUGGUUCUAAUGUCACUGAAAAUCUGCCAAACUCGGAGGAGGCAAUUCGUAGAGGAGAAUAUGCAGUUAUAAGAAGCUUAAUUCGGGUCUUAGAGGGGGGUGUCGAAGGUAAACGACAAGUUGAUAAAGUUAUAGACAAGUGUGCCUCAAUGCAGAAUUUGCGCGAAGCGAUUGCUACUUAUCGCGGUAGUAUUUUGCGUCAGCCAGAUGAGAUGAAGAGAGAGGCAUCACUUUCGUUUUUUGUGGAAUACUUGGAAAGAUAUUACUUCCUUAUAUGUUUUGCAGUAUAUAUUCAUUCAGAGAAAGCAGCGCUCCGUUCUAGUUCUUUUUUUCGAAGCAGUUUUGCUGACUGGAUGAAGGCAAGACCAGAGCUAUAUAGCAUCAUUCGAAGAUUGCUCAGGAGAGAUCCAAUGGGUGCACUAGGUUAUGCAUCUCUGAAGCCAUCUCUGAUGAAGGUUGCAGAAUCUGCUGAUGGGCGCCCUCAUGAGAUGGGUGUUGUUGCUGCCCUGAGAGAGGGUGAGGUGCUUGGAAGUCAAACUGUUUUAAAAAGUGACCACUGUCCUGGUUGUCAAAACCCAAGCUUACCAGAGAGAGUGGAGGGUGCUCCAAAUUUCCGACAAGUACCUGGCUUCCCAGUUUAUGGAGUUGCCAAUCCUACUAUUGAUGGUAUUCGAUCUGUUGUUCAGAGGAUUGGCGGCUCUAAAGGCGGUGGCUCAAUUUUUUGGCACAAUAUGAGGGAAGAACCUGUUAUCUACAUUAAUGGAAAACCUUUUGUGCUUCGGGAGGUUGAAAGACCAUACAAGAACAUGCUGGAGUACACGGGUAUCGAUCGUGAGAGAGUGGAGAAAAUGGAAGCUCGAUUAAAAGAAGAUAUUCUAAGAGAAUCGGGACGCUAUGGAGGUGCUAUAAUGGUCAUUCAUGAAACAGAAGAUGGGCAAAUAUUUGAUGCUUGGGAACAUGUAAAUUUCGAUUCUGUUCAGACCCCACUUGAGGUAUUCAAGUGUUUAGAUGAUGGUGGUUUUCCCAUCAAGUAUGCACGAGUGCCUAUCACUGAUGGUAAAGCUCCCAAAAGCUCUGACUUUGACACAUUGGCUGCAAAUAUUGCUACUGCUUCAAAGGAUACUGCUUUGGUCUUCAAUUGCCAGAUGGGUAGGGGAAGGACGACCACUGGGACUGUAAUUGCUUGCCUUGUGAAACUGCGGAUGGAUUAUGGUAGACCAAUCAAAGUCCUUCAGGAUGAUACAACCCAUGAAGAAAUGGAUGGUAGUACAUCAAGUGGUGAUGAAAGUGGAGGCAAUGUUGCUGCAUCUGCUUCCAGUACUGCAGAUGUAAAAGGUGAAAUGGAGCAAGGUCGUUCUUUUGGGAUUGAUGAUAUCCUAUUGUUGUGGAAAAUUACAAGGUUAUUUGAUAAUGGGGUUGAAUGCCGGGAGGCCUUAGAUACCAUUAUUGAUAGAUGUUCUGCCCUGCAAAACAUACGCCAGGCAGUUCUGCAGUACAGAAAGGUGGUCAAUCAGCAACAUGUUGAGCCGAGAGUUAGGAGGGUAGCACUAAACCGUGGGGCUGAAUACCUGGAGCGAUACUUCCGUUUAAUUGCUUUUGCAGCAUAUCUUGGAAGUGAAGCGUUUGAUGGAUUCUGUGGACAGGGAGAAUCCAGGAUGACAUUCAAGAAUUGGCUGAAUCAGAGACCAGAGGUUCAGGCCAUGAAAUGGAGUAUAAGAUUAAGGCCUGGGAGAUUUUUUACUUUCCCGGAGGAAUUGAGAGCACCACAGGAAUCCCACCAUGGAGAUGCAGUAAUGGAGGCCACUGUCACGGCCAGAAAUGGUUCUGUCUUGGGGAAGGGAUGCAUACUCAAAAUGUACUUCUUUCCUGGUCAGAGGACUUCUAACCACUUGCAAAUUCAUGGUGCUCCUCAUGUUUACAAGGUGGAGGGGUAUCCUGUAUAUAGCAUGGCCACUCCAACAGUUUCUGGUGCAAAAGAGAUGCUAACAUAUUUAGGUGCCAAGCCCAAAUUGGAAAAAUCUGAGAAAGUGGUACUAACUGAUCUGAGAGAAGAAGCAGUUGUUUAUAUUAAUGGCACGCCGUUUGUCCUGAGAGAGCUAAACAAACCUGUUGAUACCCUUAAGCAUGUGGGAAUAACUGGUCCAGUGGUGGAAAAUAUGGAGGCAAGACUGAAAGAAGAUAUAAUAUCUGAGAUUAGACAGUCUGGCGGUCGAAUGCUUUUACAUCGUGAAGAGUAUAACCCAGCGACAAAUCAAUCAAAUGUUGUAGGAUAUUGGGAGAACAUAAUUGCUGACAAUGUGAAGACACCUGCUGAGGUAUAUGCUGCUCUGAAAGAUGAGGGUUAUAAUGUAACUUAUUGGCGGAUACCGUUAACAAGGGAGAGGGAAGCUUUAGCUUCCGACCUUGAUGCAAUCCAGUAUUGUAAAAAUGAUGGUGCAGGGUGUUACCUUUUUGUGUCACAUACGGGAUUUGGAGGAGUUGCAUAUGCAAUGACCAUUAUUAGUCUCCGACUUGAUGCAGAGGCAAGCUCAGUGCCCAAGGUUUCACAACCAAUCAAUUGCACAAGUUUCCCUGUUCCUGAAGAGGACUUGCCUUUCCGGGCUUCUCAUGAAGAAGCAUUACGGAUGGGUGAUUAUCGUGACAUUCUAAGCCUUACGAGAGUGCUUGUACAUGGUCCUAAGAGCAAAGAAGAUGUUGACAAAAUCAUUGAGAGGUGUGCAGGCGCAGGGCAUUUACGUGAUGAUAUUCUUUACUAUGCUAAGGAACUUGAGAAGUUUCCUGACACUGAUGAUGAUCAUCGUGCAUAUCUAAUGGACAUGGGCAUCAAGGCCAUGAGGCGAUACUUCUUUCUAAUCACAUUCAGGUCAUACCUCUACUGUGCUUCUCCUGAUGACGCAAAAUUCGCAUCAUGGAUGAAUGCAAGGCCUGAACUAGGACAUCUCUGUAAUAAUCUUAGGAUUGGUAAAUGACACUAGGCACAUAUUGUUCCUAUCUUCAAAUGUAAUUUAUGUACAGCUGAGCAUCUCUUGCGGUUUAUCUGUUAGUGUCUCACUCCCCCGGCCCCAUAUCUCCUUGUGGCUUGCGGGAAUGCAUAUGAUAUGCGCAGCGGGUAGAUCGUUCAGUAAUCUUUGUUAAUGAACCUGAUCACGUUAUCUUGCAAAGCUAACUGGAAAUUUGGCAUCGCUUGCCUGGUCUAGUUAAAGUCAUGCUUGUCGAAGUAUCUUGCCGUCGGGAUAUCAAUUGCUAUUGCAAAGAUUUUCUACAGAAAUAUGAAAUUAUGUAUUUAUGUUGGUGCC